UUAUUACCUGGCAAAACACGGGAGACAACUGUCGACGAUUGUAGGCUCUACAUGUCAGGUUGCUAGACCAAGAACAGGUUUAAUAAUUUAGAUUAUGGUUAUAGAUUCUAUAACCAUAUAGAAUCAAGAUCUAUAUUAUAUAUAGACUAAAUCUAGAAUAUAGAUACAUCUAGUUACAGUCACAACAACAAACAAAAGAUGGCUUCAAACGACUCACAGGUGGAAGAGGUAGAAGUUGAAGAAAAUGACGCAGAAUCUGAGUCUAGGGGUAAAAAAGUCGCGAAACAUGAUGCAGGGGCUGCUGAUCUUGAAAAAGUCACAGAUUACGAAGAAGAAAAGGAGAUAGCUGCUCAAGAUAUUCAAGAUGCUAUGCGUGUAGUUAGUGAUCGACAGAAUAUAGAGGCCAAAGCUAAACAUGAAAAGGAGAAAGAACUGUCAAAAGUCAAGAUAAAUAAAGAUGAUGUUGAUUAUAUUGUAAGUGUACAAGAAAUGGAAAUAUCAAGAACAAGGGCAGAAAGAGUUUUGAGGGAAUAUAAAGGAAAUGUGGUUGAGGCUUUAGUUUUUUUAACUAAUUGAAACAUUUGUUUUUCAUUUUUACAUUUGGUUUGCUUAAAUAAAUGUUUUUAAAAGUU